AUGCUCACUUGUGCACAAUAUACCCGCGCGACUAGCGCGCUAAAGAAAAGAAAAAUCUGUAAAGAGCCCGAGUAUACCAAUAACCACUUCUUCGACUCUUCAAGAUGGUCCGCCGUCUUAAGUACCACGAAUCAAAGCUACUCAAAGAAAGUCGACUUCACCACCUACAAAAGCGAUGCAAACCAUCACGCCGCCGCCAUCUGUCGGAGAUAUACGAUCCAGAAUCCCAAUGACUACACAAAGUACAACCGUACGAAUCUCCCACCUAGCCCUGAUCCCCUCUCGGCCCCCAGAAUACCAGACAAAACUAACCAACCCUCAGGAAUCUGCGGCUCCCUCCGCCAACUAGCCCACUCCCUCAGCAACCUCGACCCUUCCGACCCCGUCCGCGUCCAGACCGAGAAAAUCAUGCUGGAAAAACUCUACGACAUGGGCAUCCUCUCCGGCACCACCAAACCCAGCGAAGUCGAGCGGAAAGUCGGAGUCUCGAGGCUCGCGAGGAGGAGGCUCGGCGUCGUGAUGACGCGGCUGCGGAUGGCGGAGAACGUCACCGCGGCCGUCAGGUUCGUGGAACAGGGACACGUGAGGGUGGGGACGGAGGUGGUGACGGACCCCGCGUUCCUGGUGACGAGGAACAUGGAGGAUUUCGUGACGUGGGUGGACAGCAGUAAGGUGAAGCGGAAUAUCCUGAAGUAUAGGGAGAAGUUGGAUGACUUUGAUCUGUUGUGA